GCGCAAAACACGUAAAACCAACUUGGCAGGCCCUGCUCCCUCUCCUCCAUUUCUCUAUCUAUCUACCUUCCUAUUUCCUUCUCAAAGUUUUCUUCGUCAGCUACAUCGAUACAUCCCCCCUUUCACCUAAAAAAAUAAUCUUGAAAAAAACUCAAAUUAAAUUCUUUUUCUCUGACUGUAGCAUACCAAGAAUCUACAGAUUUCACUCUUUCUUGACUCAGUUGGGUUGAUCACUGAAUUAGCUCAGAAGCCAAAAAUGCCUGCUUGGUGGGGGAAAAAAUCCACCAAGAACAAAGACGCACAAGCUAAAGACAAAGAAAGAGAUAAGUAUGUGAAACCCAGAAGUUUUGAUGAGUUACUUUGUAGAAAUUCACCAAGAACCAGUAAAGAUUUUAGUGGUUCUGGUUCUGGGUUUUCUGGGUUUGAUUCAGGUUCUUCUUUGGAGAAAGCUCAUCCUUUACCUAUGCCUUCUGUUUCUUCACUGGGAAAUGAUCAUGGGGUUUCUUUGGGAUGUGGGUCGGGUUCAGUUUCGAGUACUAGCUCAUCUGGGUCAUCUGAUGGUGGACCUGUAAAUACUGAUCAAGCUCAAUUGGAUACUUUCAGAGGACUUGGAGAUAAUAGGUUGAGCCCACUGUCGCGAAGCCCAGUUCGUUCCAGAGGGACAACUACCACGUCAUCACCUUUACAUCCUCGGUUUUCGAGUUUAAAUCUGGACUCUCCAACGGGCAAGUUGGAUGAUGUAAGGAGUGAAUGUCAUCAGCUGCCCCUUCCACCCGGUUCUCCUCCUAGUCCUUCUGCUUUGCCAAACCCAAGACCUUGUGUUGUGGCUGAAUACGCAACCAUUAAUAUGUCCAAAUGGAAGAAAGGCAGGCUCCUAGGAAGAGGCACAUUCGGUCAUGUAUAUCUUGGAUUCAACAGGGAGAAUGGACAAAUGUGCGCAAUAAAAGAAGUCAAGGUGGUUUCAGAUGAUCAAACAUCCAAAGAGUGUCUUAAGCAACUGAAUCAGGAAAUCAUUUUACUCAGUAACUUGACACAUCCAAAUGUUGUUCGGUAUCAUGGAAGUGAACUGGAUGAAGAAACUCUAUCAGUUUACUUGGAGUACGUUUCUGGGGGUUCUAUACAUAAACUGUUGCAGGAAUAUGGGCCUUUUAGGGAGCCAGUUAUACAAAACUACGCCAGACAGAUCCUUUCUGGCCUUUCCUUUUUACAUGCUAGGAAUACAGUUCACAGGGAUAUAAAAGGAGCCAAUAUACUAGUAGAUCCUAAUGGUGUAAUUAAGCUAGCUGAUUUUGGCAUGGCAAAACAUAUAACUUCGUGCUCGUCAGUGCUCUCAUUCAAAGGGAGUCCUUAUUGGAUGGCUCCUGAGGUGGUGAUGAAUACAAGUGGCUAUGGUCUUGCAGUGGAUAUUUGGAGUUUGGGAUGUACAAUUCUGGAAAUGGCAACUUCCAAGCCACCUUGGAGCCAGUAUGAAGGGGUUGCUGCCAUAUUUAAAAUUGGAAACAGCAAAGACUUUCCUGAAAUUCCAGAACACCUUUCUAAUGAUGCAAAAAGCUUUAUAAGGUUAUGCUUGCAGCGGGAGCCGUCCACACGACCUACAGCUUCUCAACUACUAGAGCACCCUUUUGUUAAAAACCAAAGCACAGCAAAAGUUGCUCAUGUUGGUGUAACCAAAGAAUCAUAUCCUCGUUCCUUUGAUGGAAGCCGGACACCGCCAGUGUUGGAGCUGCAUCCAGGUGGAAGGAAUGUUUCUCCUGGAAGGAAUAUCUCUCCCCCCGAAGGAAACUAUGCAUCCCAUCCGGUGAUCACAAUCUCUAGACCAUUGAUCUGCGCAAGGGAAAAUGUAAAAGCCAUAACAUCUUUACCAGUAUCCCCCACUUCUAGCCCAUUAAGACAAUAUGAACCUGCCCGUAAAAGCUGUUAUCUUUCUCCUCCUCAUCCAUCUUAUGGCAUCGGGGGCCAGAGUGGAUACGAUGCAAAUGAUUACUCAAUGUUUCAAGCAAGGCCCAGCACAAGAACCACACUCGAGCCAUGGCUUGAAAUCCCUCAAUUUAGAGCUCAGACACCAUCUAGAUCCCCCAAAACAAGACCCAUUCUUUAGUAACAUGUGAUGUAUGAGGUAAAAGUUUUCUUUUCUUGCAUUGCACCAUGCGUGGUCGGUCCCCUUCUAGGAAGAACUGCAGAAACUAUGGCCCCUUCUAAGCGAUCCGUUUCUGUUUGAUGGGUGCAUUAUGAUUAAGAGAGAUUUUGGGUGACCAGGGGUUUGGUUGCAUGAUGGAGGAAUUGCAUUUUCUUGAAUAUAAGAUCUGUAAAAUGUACUUCAUUCUCAAUGUAAAUGCAAGAUGGCCACUUGAUUAAAUUCUAUAAGAUCACCACGAAACUUGUCCGUCUUAUAGUAGACUUAGCUAUGAAUAUUCAGGAAGAAACGAAUACCGGGCUUUUCUUGCAUUAUGUGUUAACUGAAAGAAAGGGGAAAAUAAUGAUCAGGGCAAAAAGUGUCUGUGUUAAUGACUUCAUUUUUCUUUUUUGGGCAUGGAAAGAAAGUGAAGGAAAAAAAAUGAAGAAUGUAUUUCCUUUUCCUUUUUGGUUUCUCAACCGCAGUCUAGUAUUCACAUUGAGUUCUCGAUUAA